AUGGACAAGGUCCAGUUGAUCAGACAGAGAUUGCUUACAGCUCAAAGUAGACAAAAGUCUUAUGCUGAUAAGAGAAAAAGAGAUUUAGUGUUCACAACUGGGGACAAAGUGUUCCUACGAGUCUCCCCUAUGAAAGGUAUGAUGCGGUUUGGGAAAAAAGUGUUGCAUGUCUCAAUUCUAAGAAAAUGUAUAUCAGACUCAUCUCAGGUGAUUGAAGCACCGACUAUACCGCUCGAUGAGAAGUUGUCCUACGAGGAGGAGGCGAUGGCUAUUGUUGAUAGGCAAGUAAGGAAGCUACGGUCAAAAGAAAUUGAGUUCGUAAAAGUCUUAUCGCGAAAUUAUACACUUGAAGAAGCUACUUGGGAAGUAGAAAAAGAUAUGCAAGCGAAGUACCCCCAUUUGUUUCAGUCUACAGAUUUUAAUUUCGAUUCUUAUGAUUUGGAAGAUUCUACUGAGUAA